CAAUAACAACAACAACAACAACAUAAACUUCAAUCAAUCAACAAGAACAGGAAAAAACAACAAGAUAAAUUGCAAAUUUCCAAAAAAAAACUCUCGAAAGAUUCCAUAGAAUCUCUUUGCAGGCUUAUAUUUGUUUAUAAGAUUUGGCUGGAACAAAAUGGAAAAAAUUUCCAAUUUUCAUGCCGUAAAUAUUCCAUUGGCUUCAAUAGAUGAAGAUGUUGAUGAUGAUGGUGAUAAUGAUGGUGAUGGUGAUAAUGAUAACACAAAAUCAAAAGACAUUAAAGAUGAAUGUUCUUCCACAAAACUAAUGUUACGAUCAUCACGAUCAUACGAAUCAAGUGAAUGGAAUUUUCAUCAUAAUAAUAAUCAUCAUCAUUAUCAAUCGAUAAGUCCAAUGAGUGAUUUGAAUACACCAACAACACCAUUGACACAUCAUCAUGUGACAAAUAUGACCGAUACUGAAGAUUUUGGCACUGAUACUGGAUUUUUUAGUUCAACAUCAUUAUCAUCAUCAAAACGUUCUUCGAUUGCUGAUUUAGAUAUGAUCAAUACUAGUCUUCCAUCAUCCAGUUCUUCAUCAUCGAAUAAGUUUUCAACAAAUUUAACAUCGAUGAAUAAUUGUGCAGAUCAUGAAGAUAAUGAAUUAUUAUUAUGUUCAACACCUGAUGUAAAGACCGAAGAAUCGGAUGAAAUGACAAUUUUUAAAAUGACUGAUGAUGAUGAUUUUGAUAAUAUUGAUAAUAAUCGUGAUCAAAAUUCAUUAUCAACAUCAUUAGAAGAUUUGGUCAAUUCUUUUGAUGAAAAAGUUAAAAGUUGUUUGAAAAAUUAUGAUGAAAAUGUUGAUAAACUUGCACCAGUUCAGAUGCGAACCAUUGACGAAGUCAUCCAGAAUAGACCUGCUUGGUGGACAUUAACCGGUAAUUAUGGUGGCAUACUUCCAAUCGAUUGGGAAAAACUAUCUCCUGAUGAUCAAAUCAUUGAAUCGUUAAAAACAAUUUCAGAUAACGAAUCCAAUGAGAAUGUCGAUGAUGGAGAUUCGAAAUUAAAAGAAUUGAUUGAUUUAUGUUUGGAAAUCGAUCAUGGACAACAAAAUUCAAUUGAAACAGCCGAACAAGUUCUAAAAGAAAUCGAUGAUAUCAUUACAGGAAAAUCUAUUCCAAAUUCCAAUUUGGAUUUGAAUUCUCAAUACAGUUCUUCAUCACGUUGUUCAAGAUCAUCAUCGAUCGCAUCAUUCGAUUAUGUACCGAUAAUUCUUCGUUCAGCAUAUUAUCGAUUUUCAUUGGACAAAUUGAAAACAUUUUCAUCGGAUCAAUUACAAGAUUUAUGCGAAGAUCUGGAAGGAAAAACACAAAAACAUUCACAAGAAUUGAUUAAUCGUUUGGCUGAACGUGAUGAACUUGAAUAUGAAAAAGAAUUGAAAAGUGUUUUUCUUUCAUUGUUGGUCAAAAUUCAAAAACGUCGUAAAGAUUUUUAUAAAAAAUAUGGUAAUAAUCAACAACAAGCACAACGAUAUCGUAAACAUCGUUAUCUAACCACUGUAAUACCUUAUUGUAAAGAUAUGAAAUUUACAAAUAAUAUUCAAGCAUUACAAACAUUGAUAAAAAGUAAGUUUCUUAAAGCCAUGUUGGAUGAUUCACCGGCUGUACCGGCUUUGUUGACCGAUUAUAUCCUGAAAUUUAUUUGCCCAACAGAUAUGCAAUCGAGUCAUGAAAACGUUACAAAAUCACCGUCUCAUAUUUCACAGUUGGCGACAAAGAAAAAAGAAAAUGAUUCGGGAAAUUUUUCCCGAUAUUUUAAUCAAACAAUUCGUGCAGCAUCUCGUAAAUCAUUUUCAUUUCGUGAUUCGGUUUUCGGUAAUGUUUCUGCUACAACAAAUACAAUGAUGGCACAGCAAGAUCUAGUCAACAAUAAUGAAAACAACAGUCAAUCAACAAAACUAAAUAAUGAAAAUGAUCUGGCAUCCGUAGUUUCAGUUGCUUUAAUCUAAGAGUUUAAAUCUAUAUCAAAAGACUAAAAAAUUUUAAAGAGUGCACUUGUUUUUUUUUGCAAAAGUUCCUUAAAUUCACUUUUUUAAA